AUGGAUGUCAAUCUGAAUGAAACAAAUAUCAUUCUUGAUGGCUUUGUUGAAGUGCAUCGGUACAGAUAUCUUUAUUUUGUGAUCAUGUUUACAGUUUAUAUCCAAAUACUCUGCUUUAAUUCCACUAUUGUAUUACUCAUUGUGUUCCAGAGAAGCCUCCAUGAGCCUAUGUAUAUUUUUAUUGCAGCUUUGCUGCUGAACAACGUGAUGUUGAGUGCUGUUGUCUAUCCAAAGCUUUUGAUUGACAUUUUAUCUGAGAGGCAGAUCAUCUCUUCUUCAGCUUGUUUUUUCCAAAAUGUCAUUGUUUAUUCUUUAGGUGUUUCAGAAUUCUUACUUUUAACAAUCAUGUCCUAUGACAGGUAUGUGUCCAUAUGUAAACCUCUGCAUUAUGCAACCAUCAUGAGAAAAAGGACUGUCAUCAUUCUCUUGGCUUUAACCUGGAUUUUACCUGCUUUUUAUAUUAGUGUGUUAAUAUUUUCUAUCAUUUACUUUCAUUCAGAAAUGUGUAACUUCACUCUGAGGGCGAUCAUUUGUAAAAGUGCACUUAAUGAUCUUCUUUGUUUUCACUCACCAGUCUUAGUUAUAGUGACUUUAAUAUCAAUAAUCAUUGUUGGAAUUUUCCUUGUGUUUUUAAUAUUAUUUUCAUAUAUCAGGAUUAUUAUGAUAGCAUAUAGAAGUAGUAAAGAAUUCAAGAGAAAAGCUGCACAGACCUGCUUACCUCACUUGUUAGUUUUAUUCUGUUUCAAAUGUUUGGUUUCUUUUGACCUCAUUACAGUUUUACUGGAGUCUAAAGUUUCAAAGACUGUUAAUUUGAUAAUGACUUUACAAACAAUCAUAUAUCAGCCACUAUUUAAUCCAAUCAUAUAUGGUCUAAAAAUGAAGGAAAUUUAUAAACACCUCACAAGGCUGUUGUGCAGAACAAAAAGUAAGAGGUUCUUCUAA